AAUUGCUCUUUAGCAUGAUCAAUAAUAUUCCGAUCAAUUUCAAAAAUAAAAGAGGGACAUGAGGGCGAUUCUGAGAAACGAUUAAUAGUAGCGAGCGAUAUUUUCAAUUACCAUCACUUUCUCCAUUUGGAUGCGAACAGCGGGCCAUUGUCGACUUUCGUUCUCCUUCUCCGUACUCUUCUUUUUAAUUCGACCACUUCCCCAGCUUUGUCAUCUACGGACAAACUAUUCUUUCAAUAUCACUUUUUCAUUCUUUAUCCAACCCCAAAGUCCGAUAUCACUUUUUUAUUUGGACCGGUUCUACUCAGUGGCUCAAGCUAGCUUGCUACUUGCGCCCACCCUCCCACUCACCCACUUAUCCAUAUUUACCCGCACAUACCAAAUUCAUCAUCGUUGUCGACAGCAGCAGCAGAAGCAGAAAAGACAACUAUAGCAAAUAUGCCCGGCGCUCCAGAACUCAUUGAUGUUAUGGCGUUCAGCAACGACGAUAACCUUUUGAUGAUGAGAAGCACAGCGAGCCUGUACUCGUCGCAGGGCCUGCUAAGCGGCAUGCUUACUCUUUAUCGGAACAGGCUACUGUGGAGCGAGGUGUCAAGUAAGU